AUGGAUACCUGCAAUGGUGCAUUUUCAGACUCCCUUGGCCAGGAGGCGGCCAUUGACCUAAAGUCGUCUCUCUUGUCCAACUAUGACAAAAGUUUGAGGCCGGUCAAGUCAGCGUCUACAGCUGUAAAUGUGGACUUCGACUUCUCCCUGAGACAGAUCAUCGACCUGGCUGAAAAGGAGCAAACAUUUCGACUCAACGUCUGGCUGCGACUGUACUGGGACGAUGAGUUCCUGACGUGGAACGCUUCAGAGCAUGACGGGGUAGAAUAUCUAACCAUCCACUCAUCCGACGUUUGGAGGCCUGAUAUCUUCCUCUACAACAACAUAGCCGAGACGUACGGUGUCGUACCCACCAUCACUGACGUCACCGUGACCAGCGCAGGACGAGUGACGUACCUACAGCCCGCCAUCUUUACCAGCUCAUGCCCAGUGCAAAUUGAGAAAUUUCCAUUUGACAAGCAGGAAUGUGAGCUGGAGUUUGGGUCGUGGAUCUACACGGGCUCCCAUCUAAACCUGUCCCUAGUCAACCCCUACGCGGACCGUGCAGUCUUCACCAAGAACGAAGAAUGGAUCCUCAAUGCAGUGCCAAUGGAAAGGCGGGUGGCCAUCUACCCCUGCUGUCCCGAGCCUUACGUCUCCAUCAUCGUCAAACUGCAACUUGAACGUCGGUCUUACUUCUACAUGUUCAACAUGGUUCUGCCCUGUAUUGUCCUGAUGGUACUGAACGUGUUCGGGUUCUACAUCCCCCCGGACAGCGGCGAGCGGCUGGGAUUCUCCAUGACCAUCCUGCUGGCUCUCGUCGUCUUCCUGCAGGUUUUGUCAGAUUCUCUGCCAAAAACGUCAACAACGACUCCUCAGCUGGGUCAGUUCUUCGCCGCCACCAUCGGGCUGGUGGGCUUCUCGUGCCUGGCCUCCAUCGUGGUGAUCCGCCUGUCCUACAGCAGCCCGCCCUCCCGCCCGCUGCCCCGCUGGCUCCGCCUGCUUCUGCUGCGCUACCUGGCUCGCCUUUUCUGUAUGGGCACCAUGGCGGAAGAGAAACAAGUGGUUCAUCCCGCCAAAGGCCUAGAGGGCGUCGACAACCCUGCCAUCCUAAUUGACGAUGACGAGGCGUUUGAACAGAAGAACUCAGCAACUCUCGAGCUCGAUCUGUCUCUCCGUGAGAUUUCGCGCUACAUGCGGGGGUUCGCUCACAGCGUGCACGAGAAGAAAGCCGAAGAAGAGGACCAGGACGAGUGGAAGAUGGUGGCUCUUGUGCUGGACAGGGUUCUGAUGUUUGCCGUUGGGCUGGGAAGCAUUAUUGUUUGUGUAAUCCUACUGCAGUAGGUCGUCGAGAGGAGUACAUGACUGAGAAUAUAGGUCUGGUAGUCUUCAUUAAAACACGUUAGGGAUAUCGACAGGUUAGAGACAUCUACUUUAUCACAAAGAUAGUUUACUACGAAUCACACUUCAAGCUUCGUACGUAGAAACUCC